CCAGAGCCGUCAUUGGUUCCUGGGAACUAUAAAGCACGCUUAUCCAGAAACAGUCUCCCACUUUGCUUCCUGGAGGCCAGAGUGAAGGGGCAUGGAGAAGUGGACGGCCUGGGAGCCGCAGGGCGCCGAUGCGCUGCGGCGCUUUCAAGGGUUGCUGCUGGACCGCCGCGGCCGGCUGCACUGCCAAGUUUUGCGCCUGCGCGAAGUGGCCCGGAGGCUCGAGCGUCUACGGAGACGCUCCCUGGCAGCCAACGUAGCUGGCAGCUCUCUGAGCGCUGCUGGCGCCCUAGCAGCCAUCGUGGGGUUGUCACUCAGCCCGGUCACCCUGGGAGCCUCGCUCGUGGCGUCCGCCGUGGGCUUAGGGGUGGCCACCGCCGGAGGGGCAGUCACCAUCACGUCCGACCUCUCUCUGAUCUUCUGCAAUUCCCGGGAGGUACGGAGGGUGCAGGAGAUCGCCGCCACCUGCCAGGACCAGAUGCGCGAACUCCUGAGCUGCCUUGAGUUCUUCUGUCAGUGGCAGGGGCGCGGGGACCGCCAGCUGCUGCAGAGCGGGAGGGACGCCUCCAUGGCUCUUUACAACUCUGUCUACUUCAUCGUCUUCUUCGGCUCGCGUGGCUUCCUCAUCCCCAGGCGUGCCGAGGGGACCACCAAAGUCAGCCAGGCGGUGCUGAAGGCCAAGAUUCAGAAACUGUCUGAGAGCCUGGAGUCCUGCACUGGUGCCCUGGAUGAACUUAGUGAGCAGCUGGAAUCCCGGGUCCAGCUCUGUACCAAGGCCGGCCGUGGUCACAACCUCAGGAACUCCGCUGAUCUGGAUGCAGCGUUGUUUUUCUAAGAGCAUCCUCUAGCUGUGUGGAAUGUUCUAGAUUCGCAGCAUCCACAGGGAAGUGCUACAUGGGCGGAGUGCAAAGGAUUUCAGAAGCUCUUCUUGCAGGGCAUCAGUCCGUAGCUCCUUGUGUGCGAAAGACUUUUCACUUGUGUAAUCCCAACUGAGUAUGUGACCCUAAACAAUCACUUUGGGGACUCCCCAAAUUCUUUUUAGCUGCACACAGCUUGUCAGAUUGUCCUUCAAUUAGAGUUAUUGGGGUGGGGGCUUGAUGGCUUGAGUAAUAGAGGUCUGGCGAGGUGUCUCCCUCUUGGACCUCUUAUGUGUUGUUACUAGAAUCCUGAGAUUCUCAAAUAUUGGUGAGAGGAGAAUUUUACUUUUCAACUUUGCUUCGGCAGUUUCCGAUACCCAGGACUCUACUCCAGAAUCCAGAACAAGAAAGAAGAACCUUGUGUUUGUAGGGUGUGCAGACCCAGGCGGGGCCGCGGAGCUGACUUGCUCAGCUCUCACACGCAGCCAGUUUAUCCACUCACAGACCAAACCUGGCUACUGCAUAGACUGUUCCAGUGUGGCUUCAAAUCCACACCUCUAGGUACCCUGAGAGGGAAAGCCACCUGAAGAGUCACUCUAAUCCCAACACGCUCACCCCCUUCACGUCCAUAAAGAAGCUGGGGGAGGGGCGAGAUGAAGACCCUGACAAUUUUAAAUGACUGUAGCAUAGAGAGCCAUGGCCUUUGAGUUUAACAGUCUCGAUCCCAGGUUCUGUCCCCCACCGCGUCGUGUGACUUAGCCACCUUGUCUUGCUACAGAGUGGUAAGAGGCCAACCUGUUGCGAAGCCCCGAGAUAAUGACAAGCACAGAGGCUAGCUCACAAAAAUGUACUUCCUGGCCUGGCUCCUGAGGGGUUAACUGUUGGGCUCCAUCCCAGAUUUCUGAGAUCAGGAACCUCAAAUAUGAGGCCCGCCUCUGGCUGAUUCUGAUGCCCCAUAAAUGUUUGAAAAUGACACGGCAAAGGUUCAUCUCCAGCCAGGUGUGGUGGGACACACCUGUAAGGCCAGCGCUUGGAGAUGGAGACAGGGGGACCAGUAGUUCAGGGUCAUUCUUGGCUACACAGCAAACUCAAGGCCACCCUGGUCUCAAAAACCAAAACAAAAAGCCAUCUUCCGACUCCCUUCAAUUGUUCAAAGCCUCUCCAGGACCUUCAGAAUCAUGCUCAGAGAGUUCUGGGAAGAUUGGCCCAGAAGCCAGAGAAAGACUAUGCUGUGUGCUUGUAAAGCCAGUUACUCUGUCCCCUGUGAACUAGGAGACAGAGCACUACAGACCCUAUAGAGGGCAGUAGUGGCCACUCCUUGUAGGGGACUGGUAUAGAAGUAAUGUGAACUUACCAGGAAAAAACAAACAAACAAACACAACAGCAAAAUCCCUUUAUUCUCUGAAAACUCCAGACAACCUAUCUUUAUUUAUUUAAAAAUAGUUAUUUAAUUGCUGCCUGUUAUUUACAUUUGAUUUUAUUUAACCUUCACAUUAUUUAGAAAAUAAUAAGAGUAGUAAGUGUCUGAAUAGGAAGGGAGUCUCUUAAGGCUCUUUCCAAGAGCUCAGGUUUGGAUUUCUAGAGUCCCCCCGACCCCAGAGAGGACUCUUUAGUGUUUGACACGGUCUUGGUAAGUAAGAUGGGGGGUCCUGGAGAGAGAGACCAAGCUGAUUUUUAAACUAGGAAAUGGAGUCUUGAACUGUGGAAGAUUUGAAUGGUUAAGCCUAUGUGUCCUGAAGGUACUUGGCCAGAAAAGCACUUGGCUUGAAAAAGAAAACCUGUUUAAUUCAGGGGUGGAGGAAUAGAGACAGAUGAAGGAAGCAUUUAGACCUCGGAAACCUGAUGUCCUAUGAAAUUCUGUUUUUAUAAAAUUGUGUUAUGGUGGAGAUCUGUUGCAUUUCGACUUUGUGGCUGUAAGAAACCUGUUAUCUAUGUUUAAGAAAGUACUUCUAAUUUAUUCAAUGUCUUCCUAAAUUAUCCUUUAAAAAAAAAAAAGUUGGAAAGUCUAUGAGACCGUACCCGAGAAACCCUGACUGUGUAUUUAAUUAUUUAAUGCCAUGCAUUUGUGAAGCCCCUGUGCUUCCCAGUGAUGGCUGUGGUGUGUCUGAGGAAAUGUAAGUUUGGCAUGAGGGGGAUGGGCUGCUGUUUCUAUAUUUGUUUUUGUUUUCUAUAAACAGUAAUCGGGAUGUAUCCUGGUUUAAUUUGACAUUGA